AUGGCCAAAACCAGACCAUCGAAGAAACAGUCCAAGAAGAAGUCCAAGUCGGUCCUCCACGGUACAAAAGGCAUGUCGACGAGACCGAAAGAGGACCCCCAAACCCUGUUUGAACAGGCGACAGUUCUACUACAGACCGGGCAACCAGACGAAGCAUUGCCGCUUGUCGAACGAGCUCUAAACAGUAUCUCCUCAGACUCACCGAAAUAUCUAAUUGGAUUGAACCUGAUAGGAGAGAUAUACGUUGAGCUGGGUGAAAUCGAUGCUGCGCGAGAGAAGUUCCUACGAGCCGUUGAACUAGAUCCAGAGGGCGAAAUAGACGAGACAAUUGACGGGGGUGCGGAGAAGUUUCUAUGGCUGGCCCAAUUGAGCGAAGAAGGAGGAAAGGAUAGCGUGCGGUGGUUCGAAAGAGGCGUUGGCGCAUUGAAGAGAAAUCUACAGUCGCUAGAAGGGAAAGAUGAUGACAUUGCGGAGGAGAUACGCGAAGGAUUUAAGAAGAGGCUUGCACAUGCGCUCUGCGGAGUGGUAGAGAUAUACAUGACAGAUCUAUCAUGGGAAGAAGACGCAGAGAGUAGAUGUGAAGCACUCAUAACAGAAGCACUACUAAUCGCCCCCGACUCCUCGGAGUGUCUACAGACUCUAGCAUCGGUCAGGAUAUCACAGCUUCGGUUCGAUGACGCCAAAGCAGCAUUAUCACGAAGCCUAGAAGUAUGGAAAGAUGAGCCGCCAGAAAGCACCCUUAUACCGGACUUUCCAUCCAGAAUUAGCCUUUCUCGUCUACUGAUGGAAGUCGAGAUGGAAAACGAGGCACUCCAGGUACUAGAGAGAAUGGUCUUUGAAGACGACCAGAGCAUCGAGACAUGGUAUCUGGGCGGAUGGUGUCUUUACCUGAUAGGUAAAAAGGACCAGAAACAGGAAGAGACGGACACAGAGGCAAAGGAGCAACAAACUGCUACUUUCCUGACCAGUCGGAAAUGGCUGAAGCAGGCCUUGAAGCUCUGUGACAUUGUUGGCUACGAGGAUGAGAAGCUCAAGGAGCAUGCACGCGAGCUUGCCCAGGAGCUUGAACGUGGCCUGGGGAUAUCUGGAGACGACGAAGCCGGCGAAGACGACGUCUGGGAGGAUGAGACGGACUCGGACUCGGACAACGACCAGGACAUGGCGGACUCCUAG